AUGAAUAAGUUUAAAAUAUUUAUUAAAGUGUUGUCUGUGACAUUAGAUGAGUGGUCUGAUGAUGAAAUUGAUGCAAUGAUUGAGGUUGGAGGAAAUGCUUCAGCUAAUUCCAUCUAUGAGGCUUUUAUUCCUCAAGGAUACACUAAACCCGGGCCAGAGUCUGGUCAUGAGGAGCGUGCAAAGUUUAUCAGAUCUAAGUAUGAACUGCAAGAAUUUUUGAAACCUAGCUUGCGGAUCUCGUCAAUUCCUUCCAAUUCCAAGAAGAACUCUCUCAAAGCAAGUUUAUCCAGAAAGAUUAUGGAUACUUUUAGUUCAAGUUCAUCACAGAAAUUGGAAACAUUUGAUGUAGUUGAGAUCAGCAUAAAAGCUAUAGGAGGUGAUGCAAAAUCAGUUGUACAUUGCAUUUUCAGGUCAGCCAAUAUUGGGGUGUUUAUAUGCUUAAAAUGUUGUGGUGUACACAGAAGCCUUGGUACCCAUAUCUCGAAGGUGUUGUCUGUGACAUUAGAUGAGUGGUCUGAUGAUGAAAUUGAUGCAAUGAUUGAGGUUGGAGGAAAUGCUUCUGCUAAUUCCAUCUAUGAGGCUUUUAUUCCUCAAGGAUACACUAAACCCGGGCCAGAGUCUGGUCAUGAGGAGCGUGCAAAGUUUAUCAGAUCUAAGUAUGAACUGCAAGAAUUUUUGAAACCUAGCUUGCGGAUCUCGUCAAUUCCUUCCAAUUCCAAGAAGAACUCUCUCAAAGCAAGUUUAUCCAGAAAGAUUAUGGAUACUUUUAGUUCAAGUUCAUCACAGAAAUUGGUGAUGCAAGAAGGCAUGGUGGAAUUUAUUGGAAUGUUGAAGGUCAAAGUAUUAAAAGGCAUAAACUUAGCAGUUAGAGAUAUGCUGUCAAGUGAUCCUUACGUUGUCCUAACUCUUGGACAACAGGGCAUUUCUCCAAGCAUAAUAAAAAGCAACUUGAAUCCAGUAUGGAAUGAGGAACUCAUGCUUUCUGUUCCUCAGAACUUUGGGCCCGUAAAACUGGAAGUAUAUGAUCACGACACAUUUUCAGCCGAUGAUAUUAUGGGACAAGCUGAGAUCGAUAUCCAACCAAUGAUAACCUCUGCAAUGGCAUUUGGAGAUGCUGGAAUGUUUGGAAACAUGCAGAUUGGGAAAUGGCUGAAAUCAAAUGACAAUGCCCUCAAAGAGGAUAGCACCGUCAACAUAAUCGAUGGCAAGGUGAAACAGGAUGUGUCAUUGAAGCUUCAGAAUGUGGAAUCUGGAGAAUUAGAACUAGAACUAGAGUGGAUUCCUCUUGAGCAAUAGGGAUUUGAGAAUGUGCUUCAUUGAUGAACUCGAGUGGAUUUUCAUCUUGUUAACUGGAAACCAUUUUCGAGGUUUAUUGUUUCUGUGUUUGAUCCCAUUCCUAUGGGUUGUUUAAUAGCUGUUUCUGGUGGGGUUUGACAAGUGCUUUUUUGUUGUUUUAGAAUAUAAAAAAAUUGAUGUAUUUGGUAAUUGUUAAUUUUUUUAUUUUUAUUUUAGUGGGAAAGUUUACAUUUUUAGAAUUUUUAUUUGAAUUUAUCUUUUGUUUUUGGUUUAUUUAGCCAAAGCCAAAAUAAAGCUCACUGUGAGAAUUCUGAUGUAACGAUUGCUAUGUUCUUUUGGAAAGAUUUAUGAUUGUUUUUGGAUUGA